CAGCCUGAGCAGCUGAGAGGAGUGCGUCAGCAGUACAUUCACGUUCCCACUGAAGGACAAAGGGAGGGGGGCACAGAUCUUAGUUGCCUGCAACACACAUGGAGGUGGAGGGGAAAAAGGAGAAGGAUUGGCUCAUAAACAAGAAGAGAAGACUGGGAUCGGGAUGCCGCUGCCGUCUGCUUGUGUGUGACGGUGGGCUGCCUUGUUGAGCGCUUGCUUGCCACCUCCUUCUCUCCAUCUCCCUCCCUUAUUCUCUUUUGCGCACUCUAUCUUCCCCUUGCUCGUGAUCUCUCUCUCUCACACUCUCUCUCCCUCUCUUUCUCUCUCCCUCUCACUGUUCCAGUCAGGCUACUGCAGCAGUCCACCAGCCAGCCAGCCGCACACAUGGCCAACUAACACAACUUCCUACCUCAGCCACCCUCAGAGGAGGAAAACUAUCAACUAAGCAAGGCGACCGCAGGAGACAAGCUAAAAGAAGGACCGACUAGUGCAGGGACGAGUCCUCAAUUGCCGUUUACGGAUACGGAGCCGACUUUGUCACACAUCUAUCCUCUCUCUCUCUUUUUUUUUUGCUCUUGAGGACAAGGAGCGCUCCCUCUCGCUUUCUCGCUCACUCUUCAACAGCCUUUUGCCAAGGUCUGGCAGUGCAGCGCAUACUCAUUCUACAGCCGACACCACUCCACCUCCAUCCCCCUUGCACACCACCACCACCACCCCCUCCCCGAGGAGGAAUAGACGGAUUACUGCUAAGUGUGCACACGGCAGCCUGCAGCUGCUCUGACCGGGCCAGCCCGAUUCUCGGAGGAAGCAAGAGAAGCGCAGAGGAAAAGGAAAAGAGGAAGAGAGGAGGAGAAUGAGGGGGAUGAUUGUGCCUGGAGUUCUUCAGCCUUUUUCUGUCUCCCAGUUUCUGUCACAACAGGGCUAAUCACCAGCCGAGGAGCCCUUGGCAAAGUCACACCGAGGGAGGUCUUGCCACCAAACAAGGCGACCAGCAUGAAACAGGAGACGGCUGGACUGUGAUUUAUUUAAUUUGAUUUUUUUUUUUUCUCACUUUUUGUAUCCCAACAAAAUUCACCAUGGAUCAGUUUUACGUCUGAAAGACUUGGGGCCAGGUAAGGGGAUCUGGGGCAACGGAGAUUUAAGUACCUGGCAAGCCUUUUUGGCCUUACCUGUAUCUCAUUGCUCAGUCCUCACGACCAGGAGCCAUUUUGUACCCUCAGCCAAUCAAGGCAAAACAAAACGACUAAAUCCUGCCACACUGACCCAUGGACAGACGUUAGAAAUCGAUGAGACGAAAACGAUUCCCAAACUAAUGAGCGUCUUCCUGCUCUGUCGAUGGAACUCGGGAGCCUCAAUUUGCUCCAGCCAGGCUAGGGUGUUACAUCCUCUGGUGUGUGCCAUCUCCCCCCACCAUGCAGAAUAAUGUGCCCUCCACAUCAUGAGUCCUUUGGGCCAGGUUAGUGUGCAGCUUACCUGGAACACAGCCCUGCUUGCCGUGCUCUCCCUCAUGGUGCCUGCUCUCAGUAUGUGCCAGUCCAGCAGCCCAGCCCUGGGCUCAGCCAGCUCGCAGAACUGCCCAGGCAUGUGCUCUUGCACCAACCAGCUCAGCAAGGUGGUGUGCACCCGCAGAGGCCUGGUUCGGGUUCCUUCUAACAUCCCAGCCAACACCAGGUACCUUAACCUGAUGGAAAACAGCAUAGAGACCAUACAGGCUGACACCUUCAGGCACCUGCAUCACUUGGAGGUGCUGCAGUUGGGCAGGAAUGCGAUCAGGCAGAUUGAAGUGGGGGCCUUCAAUGGCCUGACCAGUCUUAACACUUUGGCGCUGUUUGACAAUAGGCUGACGGUGAUACCCAGUGGAGCUUUUGAGUACUUGUCAAAGCUAAGAGAAUUGUGGUUGAGGAGCAAUCCCAUCGAGAGCAUCCCGUCUUACGCCUUCAAUCGCGUCCCCUCUUUAAUGAGGUUAGAUCUCGGAGAACUGAGAAAGUUGGAGUACAUCUCAGACGGGGCGUUUGAGGGUCUUCAGAACCUCAAAUACCUCAAUUUGGGGAUGUGCCACCUAAGGGAAUUCCCCAAUCUCUCACCCCUCGUCGGUUUGGAGGAGCUUGAAAUAUCAGAGAAUGUUUUCCCUGAACUUAAACCCGUUGCCUUCCACGGGCUCAAGAAUUUACGUAAACUGUGGAUUAUGAACUCCGGCAUCACCACCAUUGAGAGGAAUGCGUUUGAUGACAUCACAGCUUUGGUGGAGUUGAACUUGGCUCAUAAUAAUUUGUCAUCUCUCCCCCAUAACCUCUUCACACCUCUGCAGUACUUAGUGGAGCUCCAUCUGCACCACAACCCUUGGAAAUGUGACUGCGAUGUCGUGUGGCUCUCCUGGUGGCUCAGAGAGUACAUUCCCACCAAUUCCACCUGCUGUGGACGCUGCCAUAUCCCCAGCCACAUGAAAGGGAGAUACCUGGUGGAAGUGGACCAGACCACGUUUCAGUGUUCGGCACCAUUCAUACUCGAUGCUCCGAGAGACCUAAAUAUCUCGGCGGCGAGGGUGGCAGAACUCAAGUGUCGCACAGCUGCCAUGAGCUCUGUUAGAUGGCUUCUCCCCAGCGGGACAGUACUGACACAUGGUUCGAUUCACCCACGGAUAUCUGUCCUUAACGACGGGACCCUCAACUUCUCCAAUGUUCUGCCAUCAGACACAGGGGUCUAUACUUGCAUGGUGAGCAACAUGGCAGGGAAUUCAAACGCCUCGGCUUACCUAAAUGUCAGUAAUGCCGAACUCAAUACAUCAAAUCUGUCCUAUUUUACUACCGUAACCGUGGAGGUAUUAGAGCCAACGGUGGAGGAAACCCCCAAACCCAAACCAACCGUCCCUGCCUCGCCUUCGGUCUUCAAACCUGUCUUCAUUUCCACCCCUACUGUGCUGUUCCAAAACACGCAAACUCCAAGACACGUGUCAAUCCCCACUGCCAGACUUCCCAGCGGGCCUGUUGCUAGCCUGGAUGAGAUCAUGAAAACCACCAAGAUCAUCAUUGGCUGUUUUGUUGCUGUGACCUUGUUGGCAGCGGCCAUGUUAAUAGCAUUCUAUAAGUUGCGUAAACGGCAUCAACAAAGGAGCACAGUGGCCGCGGCCAGGACCAUAGAGAUCAUUCAAAUGGAGGAGGAAGUCCCUCCAGUUCCACCCUCUUCUGGAUCUAGCGGCUCGGAGGAGACUGGUUUGGUAUUGCCUACCUUAGUGGAACACAACAGCAACGCCUUUAAGCCUGGCUAUGUGUCGUCCUCUCGUCAAGGGGCCUACGCGGCCCAUUGGACCCAGAACAACACUCUGCACCGUUCAGCCAGACAGCAUCACAGCCACAUCAGCACCAUAGCAGACCCAUAUAUCAUUAAGACUACUCAUGAAAAAGAGAAGGUUCAAGAGACCCAAAUUUGAAUAAUGUUCCUCCUGGGUUUGUCUCUGACUCUGCCCCAACCUUUUGUCCAUGUUGUAGAAUGCACAAAGAAAAAAACAUGGUCCUUUUUUUUGUACAGAAGUGCAAAGCAGAGACACUUCUUGUUUCUUGUACAUGCCUAUACAUAAGUAUAUCACUGAAAAGAAUACAAAUCUAUAUAUCUAUAUACGUUCAUGAGACUAUCAGGAAGUGGUGAGAUAUGCAGAUUCGAUUAGAAAAGAAAGAAAUUUGACACUAUUUUCUAAGAACAGGUGACCUCUGCUUAAGGAAUGCUUUUAGUCAAUGAGAGCGACACUCGAUAGUGCAGAAAAGGGACAAUAUUUAAGAUGCAGUAAAAGAUGGGGCUUUGUGUGGUUGCUGAUAACAGCCUCAUUGAAACUUGAUUUUUCCUGUGCCAAACACGAUAUGCAAUAAAUUGGUAUUUCCCAACAAAGUGGGGUUGGGGGGGGGGGGGGGGUAUAAAAGUCAAAUGUGUCUAAAUUUGAGCAUUUGUGUAUGGAUAGCGAUGCGAUGGCACAGAUGGAGCGAGUGCUGUUCAGAAGCCGAGAGACAAAUGCUUUUUGGACUGCAGUACAUUUUCUGCAGCUCAGAUUUAAACCUGUGUUUGCUGAUGUCAUGCUUUGACCAUUGUUUUUUUUAAUCUAAACGUGUUAAAUGUGUGUGCACAUCAAAUGAUCCGGCAAGCAGACUAAUAGCAGUUGUUGCAAAUACUUAGUUCUGUUUCUGGUUUGCAUUCUGUUGUUUCUCUCCCUUUUACGUUUUGCUUCUUAAUGGCUUGUGUAGUGUUUAGGGCUAAUUUACUAAUGCAUUACAGCAGUUGCCUGACUUGUCUCUGCAAGGGCUCAUUCUGAUGCUAAUUUUUCGGCGGAACUGACAUGCGGUGCAAUGAUACAGGGCUUCGCGCCCCAUUCUGGCUUUGGGAAAGGUUUAAAAAAAAAAAAAAAAAAAAAAAAAAAAAAAAAAAUGGAUCGACUUUGAACACAAUGAAUGUUUGUCUGCUAUCCGGGGCUUUUUCCAUGGACUACAUUGACUUUGUUUUACCUGUUUGAUUUGAGGAACACUAUUUUUAUGGAGAGACAAAAAGAGGCUAUGAAAAAAAUAAAACCUAUUGGUUUGUAUUUCUUCAAACGGAAACA